AAUAUCCAUCCCACUUUGUUAAAAAUUUCACGAAAAAAAAUAAAAUAAAAAUUGGAAAAAUUCCAAUUCCGCUCUCGAUUUUCGAUUUCGGAGUUUGAUAGCAACGUUGGAAGGAAAGGUGAGAGCAAAAUCGUUGGAAGAAUCUGGUUUUUGGGUCGUGGUUGUUGUUUUCGCCAUCAAAACAAUGUCUUCGCCGGACAUUGUCUCGAUAUUGGAGAACUCGAAGGAGUUCGAUCGGGUGAGGAAAGAACAAGAGGAUAUUCUGUCGGAGAUCAACAAACUUCACAAGAAGCUUCAAGCAACUCCUGAAGUAGUUGAGAAGCCUGGGGAUAACUCAUUGGCUAGGCUGAAAUUUUUGUACACUCAAGCAAAAGAUCUUUCAGAAAGUGAAGCAAGUAUUUCCAACUUACUGAUAAACCAAAUUGAUGCCCUACUGCCUACGGGUCCACAAGGGCAAACACGAAGAAGAAUAGGAAAAGAAGGUAAUGAGCAGAAAAGGAAACGAGUGAAGACUGAGUCAGACAUUUCAAGGCUAACUCCUAAUAUGCGAAGUCAACUUGAGGCUUGUGCCAGUCUUAAAGGCGAACAGGUAGCGGCUAGGGUCACACCACGAAAUGCUGAUAAGGACGAGUGGUUUGUCGUAAAAGUGAUUCAUUUUGAUAAGGAAUCAAAGGAAUUUGAAGUACUGGAUGAGGAACCAGGCGAUGAUGAAGAAAGCAGUGGCCAAAGACAAUACAAGCUUCCCAUGGCAAAUAUCAUUCCUUUCCCCAAGAGUAAUGAUCCUUCUAGCGCUCUUGAUUUCCCUCCUGGAAAACAUGUUUUGGCGGUCUAUCCAGGAACUACUGCACUUUAUAAAGCAACAGUUGUUCAAGGCCCUCGCAGAAGGAAGACCGAGGAUUAUGUGUUGGAAUUUGAUGAUGAUGAGGAAGAUGGAUCUUUACCUCAAAGGACAGUGCCAUUCCGCAAAGUGGUUCCUCUUCCAGAAGGACAUCGCCAAUGAGUUUGAGUAUAAGCUAUUUAUUAUAGUUGUGUAUAAAGCAGAAACUAGACCAUUGCAUAUGUGCCACUUGUGUAAUAUGCUCCGUGUGAUGUGGUUUGUAAGAAUGACAUUGCAACCCAAUUUCGAACAUGUAAGAAUGACACGAAGUUCAAUUUCACGUUACCUAGAAAUGAUAAAUAUCCCAGGUUAGUUUCUCACAA